CUUCAGUUCUUCAGCAGAAAGCUCCUGUUCAUAUCUGUGAUCAAGAUUUACUGAACUCCCACCAAGAUGUCCUGCCAGCAAAGCCAGCAGCAGUGCCAGGCCCCUAAGUGUCCUCCCAAGUGUCCUCCCAAGUGCCCUCCCCAGGCUCCAUGCCCUCCUCCAGUCUCUUCCUGCUGUGGCUCUAGCUCUGGAGGAUGCUGCAGCUCUGGGGGAUGCUGUGGGUCCAGCUCUGGGGGAUGCUGCAGCUCUGGCUCUGGGAGUGGCUGCUGCCUCUUUUCCCAUCACAGGAGAUCCCACAGACACAGACAUCAGAGGUCUAACUGCUGUGACAGUGGUAGUGGGCACAGCCAGCAGUCUGGGGGCUGCUGUGGUAGCUCUGGGGGCUGCUGCUGAUCUGGUGUCCUGACCCAAGAAGAGUAGAAGAGUCAAUCAUAUGUUUUGACUGCAUAUGUUUUUUCUUCCUUCCUCUGGAUUGAACUGUUCUUGGGAGAUGGAGACAAUCGAGGCCUAUCAUUUCAUUUUAUCUUGAACCCCCAGAAUUCAAAUCAUCCUUCUCUUCCUCAUUUUCCCCAAGCAACAAUAAA